AAAGGAUGGAAAAAUCAAUUAGAAAAAGAAUUUGAAAAAGAAUAUUUUAAAUCAUUAAUGACAUUUUUAGAUAAUGAAAAAGAAAGUGGUAUUGUAAUUUCACCACCAACUAAUCAAAUAUUUAGAUGCUUUAAUGAAACACCAUUUGAUAAGGUCAAAGUUGUUUUAUUGGGUCAAGAGCCACCAUCUUCAUCAAAUCAAGCCAAUGGUUUAGCAUUUUCUGUUGAUACUCAUGUCAAUAAACAAUUACCAGCAACCCUUUCAAAUAUUUAUUUGGAAUUACAAAGCGAUUUAAAUAUUUGCAAGAAUACAACUCAUGGCAAUCUUGAAAAAUGGUCCAAACAAGGUGUACUCUUGCUAAAUAGUUCUUUAACAAUUAAAAAAGGUUCAUCAGAGUCCCAUGGAUCUCGUGGUUGGGAGCAAUUUACAGAUUAUGCCAUCGAGUGUUUAGCUAAAUAUCGUCAAGGUAUCAUCUUUUUAUUAUGGGGUAAACAAGCUCAACAAAAAAUAAAUAUCAUCAAUAGUUCAAAUAAUAAUCAUACAAUUCUCACUGCAUCAUCACCAUCCCAAUUUUCUGCACAAAAAGGUUUUUUCAGUUGUCACCAUUUUAGUAUUACAAAUAAAAUUUUAAUUCAAUCUUCUCAAUUACCAAUUGAUUGG